AUGAGCAACUUCUUUUCCAAAAAAGCUUCUUCGUCAAGCAAAUCUGCUUCCGAGACUCGUCCGCCUCGCGAAGUUCCCUGGGUCGAGAAAUACCGCCCCAAAUCCCUCGACGACAUCUCCUCCCAAGACCACGCAGUCCAAGUCCUCAAACGCACAAUCCUCUCCAGCAACCUCCCGCACAUGCUCUUCUACGGCCCCCCCGGCACCGGCAAAACCUCCACCAUCCUCGCGCUUGCAAACCAGCUCUUCGGCCCCGACCUCGCCCGCACGCGCGUCCUCGAGCUCAACGCCUCCGACGAGCGCGGCAUCUCGAUCGUGCGCGAGAAAAUCAAAAACUUUGCGCGCUCGACGGUGUCGAAUCCCACGGCUGCGCAACGCGCCGCGUUUCCCUGUCCGCCGUAUAAGCUCAUCAUCCUCGACGAAGCAGACAGCAUGACGCAGGACGCGCAGUCCGCGCUCCGGCGCACGAUGGAAACGUACUCGCGCAUCACUAGAUUCUGUCUGAUUUGCAACUACGUCACCCGCAUCAUCGACCCGCUCGCGAGCCGCUGCUCGAAAUUCAGGUUCAAGCCGCUCGACACGGGCGACGCGAUCGUGCGGAUCAAGGAUAUUUGCGAGAAGGAGAAUGUGGUUUAUGAAGAGGGGGUUGUGGAGGCGAUUUUGCGUGCUGCGGACGGUGAUCUUCGUAAAGCAAUCACACUACUCCAAUCUGCUUCAAAACUCCACGGCUCCUCUUCCUCUUCCUCCGCUCCUUUAGACGCCGACGCCGACGCCGACGCCGACUCAAUGGACAUCGACUCCCCCUCCACAACAGUAACAGUCCGCAGCAUAGAAGAAAUCGCCGGCCGCGUCCCCUCCUCCAUAAUCACCUCCUUAAUCACCACCGCCUCCCCCACCUCCUCCUCUUCCUUCUCCGAACACUUCUCCGCCCUGCAAACCGCGGUCGAGAACGUCAUCCUCGACGGCUGGAGCGCAGCGCAACUGCUCGUCCAGAUCCAUGACGAGCUCGUGUUUUCGGACGAGUACGAUGGGACCGCGAAGAACUCGAUUGUUGCUGCGAUCUCGGAGACGGAUAAGAGGUUGCUGGAUGGCUCGGAUGAGCAUCUUACGAUCUUGGAUCUGCUCGUCAAGGUCUCUGGCAUUUUGAGGAAGAGCAGUUAG